AUGAAGAAAGUCUCUGUGAGCGGCAAAGACCGAGGGUCUGCUGUAAACGGAGACAGAAGGAUGCAGGACUUCAACUACCUUUACAGUAACUGCUUCGAGAUCACUCUGGAGCUGAGCUGUGAUAAGUUCCCAGCGGCGUCUGCGUUGCCUCGAGAGUGGCUCGCCAACCGGGAGGCGCUGGUGUCGUACCUGGAGCAGGUCCAUCAUGGAAUCAAGGGCAUUAUCUACGACGAGAACAACAAUCCAGUGGGAAAAGCUGAGAUCUCUGUGUCUGGAGUGAACCACGACGUGACCAGCGGAGCGGAUGGAGACUACUUCAGGCUCCUGCUGCCGGGAACCUACACAGUGACGGCCUCUGCUGCAGGGUACCUCCCCUCCACCACCACAGUCACAGUCGGCCCCGCGGAAGCCAUUUUGCUAAACUUUUACUUGAAACCAGCACCAAAACAAAGCCUGAAAGUGAAGCCCCACAAGAGGAACCUGUCGUCGCACAAGGCCCCGCUCAAACUGGGCCCCAGAUGA